AUGGCAAUUUUUACAGCUGAUGAAAUAGAAAAGGUUUUAAUUAAUAUUGGUAUUAAUAAAUUUGGUGCUGUUGUAUCUGAUGGUGCAUUUGCAAUAUCAUUAGCAAAGCAAUAUAUUUCUGAUAAAUAUCUUAAAAUAUUACCAGUUUGGUGUAUUGCAAAUGCAGAAGUAUUAGCAAAGGUUUUAGCUCUUGCUAAAAAUGCAGUUAAAAUAGCAGAAUCUAAAGUAACCACAACUGCAGAUAUUUUUUUAUUUUUAAUUCAAAUAGCAAUAGCUAUUAAUGCACUUAAAAAUAAUGAUUUAACAGAAUGUAUUGAAUUUCAUAAGCAAUGUAUUCAGUUUUAUAACAAGCACUGGAAAGAAUUCAAUAUAAAAUUUUAUCUUUUAGCUUACUUUUUCCAUCCUAAAUAUUGUGGAAAGAGUAUAAAAAGUUUAGUAUUUCAAGAUAUUUUGUAUACAGCUCUUGAAAUUUGGAAAAAACUUGGAAAUGGAUUAGCAAGUGCUAAUAUACUUGUAGCACAAAUAAAAAUGUAUGAUGCAUUUGAGCUACCUUAUAAUUAUACUUUUAUAGAAAGUAUUGAAUCAUCACAAACUUGGGAUUUAGAAAUUGAAAAAAUGUUUAAUUUCAAUACUUUUUUAGAAGAAAAAACAAAUGAAACAACCAAUAGUAAUGUAGAAUUAGAGGAAGAUGAAUUGGAUUAUGAUAUCGAUGAAGUUAUUAAUAUAUCUACAAGUAAAGUAUAA